CUAGGCAGAUUGAAUUCAGGAUUAUUUUAAUUUAACAGAAACUAAUGAACGGAUAUUAUGUCAAUGAAAGGAGUUUUCAACCCAGAGGUUGAUUUUUGUCCUAGCUGUGGAGGUCUGCUUCCUAACCUAAAGCCCCAAGGAGAUAUAUCUUGUGUGGUGUGUACACUGAAAAUUACAGGAGACGAGUUUAAAUCAACGACGACCAAGUACACUGUCUCUUUCAACAAGCUGAAGAUUCCGAAGAAGAAGCAGGAGGAGGCUGAAGGUCCUGUAUUGGAACGAACCUGCCCGAAAUGCUCGAAUAACGAAAUGUCAUUUGCUACUCUACAGCUCAGAUCGGCCGAUGAAGGACAAACUGUAUUUUUUACAUGUACUAAAUGUGGAUACAAAGAAACUGAGAACUCCUAAAAUCUCAACUUAAUCUCUACAACCCUCAAAAUGGAAAGUGAAAAAUCUGAUAAAAAUGUCAAGUUGUGGAUCGGAAACUUGG